GUCACCUGCCUGCCGCAGCCUGUGCGCACCGCUCCUCCCUCACGGCUUCCUCGCCGGCCCUGCGUCGCGCCCGCAACCGCCCGGCUCCUCACUGGCACAGGAGCAGAGGCGGCCCCAAGGCCCGAGCGCACUGUGUCGCGGCCCCACCGGAAUCAGGGUCCGGACCUCGCUGAGCGUCUGUCUCCCGUCCGCCCCGGCAGAGGCGCUGGGCAGGUGGCACCAUGGCCUUCUCCCAGGUGCAGUGUCUGGACAACAGCCACGUCAACUGGCGCUCCAGCGAGUCCAAGCCCGAGUUCUUUUACAGUGAGGAGCAGCGCCUGGCGCUGGAGGCCCUGGUGGCCCACGGCCGUGAGGCCUUCUAUGAGGUGCUGAACCGGGAGAACAUCCGCGACUUCCUCUCAGAGCUGGAGCUCAAGCGCAUCCUGGAGACUAUUGAGGUGUACGAUCCGGGCUCUCAGGACCCUCGGGGCUCAGGCUGCGCCCAGGGGCCUGAGGACAACGGCGUCGGGGAUGGUGAGGAGGCCAGUGGGGCAGAAAGAGUCCCAGCGGAGGCAGAGCCCCCGCCCUCGCUGGAGUACUGGCCCCAGAAGUCAGACCGCUCCAUCCCGCAGCUGGACCUGGGUUGGCCCGACACCAUCGCCUACCGCGGCGUGACCCGGGCCAGUGUCUACAUGCAGCCCCCCCUCGACGGGCAAGCCCACAUCAAAGAGGUGGUGCGCAAGAUGAUCAGCCAGGCCCAGAAGGUGAUAGCUGUGGUCAUGGACAUGUUCACCGAUGUAGACAUAUUUAAGGACCUGCUGGACGCCGGCUUCAAAAGGAAGGUGGCCGUGUACAUCAUCUUGGACGAGAGUAACGUCAAAUACUUCCUGCACAUGUGUGAGCGGGCCCGCAUGCACCUGGGACACCUCAAGAACCUCAGGGUACGGAGCAGCGGGGGAACGGAGUUCUUCACGAGGUCAGCCACCAAGUUCAAGGGCGCCCUGGCCCAGAAGUUCAUGUUCGUGGACGGAGACCGAGCCGUCUGUGGCUCCUACAGCUUCACGUGGUCCGCCGCGAGGACAGACCGCAACGUGAUCUCCGUGCUGUCCGGCCAGGUGGUGGAGACGUUCGACCGGCAGUUCCAGGAGCUGUACCUCAUGUCGCACGGCGUCAGCCUCAAGGGCAUCCCCAUGGAGAAGGAGCCCGAGCCGGAGCCCGUGGUGCUGCCCCCCGUGGUCCCCCUGGUGCCCUCUGGCACUGUGGCCAAGAAGCUCGUCAACCCCAAGUACGCGCUGGUCAAGGCCAAGAGCGCUGAGGAGAUCGCCAAGGUCUCCUCUGAGAAGCAGGAGGUCAAGAAGCCCCCGGGGCUGCGGGGCGCAGCGCUGGCCGAGCAGCCGGCAGACCUGCCCGAGCCGUCCCUGCCCAUCCACCCGGGGCUGCUCAACCUGGAGCGGGCCAACAUGUUCGAAUACCUGCCCACGUGGGUGGAGCCGGACCCAGAGCCGGGCAGCGACAUCCUGGGCUACAUCAAUAUCAUCGACCCCAACAUCUGGAACCCUCAGCCCAGCCAGAUAAACCGCAUCAAGAUCCGAGACACCUCGCAGGCCGGGGCGCAGCUGUGGGGGCAGAGCCAGGUCUGCAGCCCUGGUCCAGAGCCCAGCGGCUCCCAGGACGCGGUCCCGGCCAAGAACGGCCUCCCCGAGGAGGACCCCAAGCCCCCGGUGCCCAAGCCCCGGACAGUCCCUGUGGCAGACGUGCUCGCCCAGGAGGGCAGCGGUGCUGGCUGGGCCCUGGGGAGCGCAGGAGAGGGGGUGCCCCAGCACAGGGCAGGCCGCGGGCUGCCCAGGACACCAGGCCCAGGCCAGGCCCCACCCCAGCGGCCACUGUCUGUGACCCAGGACGACCCUGCUGGGGAGAGGGUGGUGAUCCCUAACGGGCUGGAUCAGGAGGACGAGGAAGACGACGACGACUACGUGACCCUCAGCGACCAGGACAGCCUCUCGGGCAGCUCUGGCCUUGGCCGUGGCCCCCGGCGGCCCUCAGUGGCCUCCUCCUCUGUGUCAGAAGAGUGUUUCGAGCUCCGGGGACGCCAGGCCGCUUUCCAGAGGCGCCACUCGGAGCAGGUAGCUAACGGGCCGGUCCAACCCCCCCGCCGACAGCUGAGCGCCCCCAACAUGGCCCUCAGGACCUUUGGUGAGCAACUGUGUGGCUCACUGUGGGCCCAGGGCCGGGAGAGAGAAGAGGCAGGCGCUCUGAGGAAGACGCAGGCCUUGCGCUCCGCGGACAAGGACGCACAGGACCACCAGUAUGGAGUCCCUCCCGGGACCCGGGACAAAGAUGGCUUCCCACGGCUGCUGAGGACCCCAGGAUCCCCGCGGUACUGCCCCACUGCCGAGGGCGCCCAGAGCUCUUCCAGGAAAACGGGCUCCCACUGCUGGCAGGCCCCGGGCAGCCUCGGGCCCCACAUGCCUCCGGACCCUGGGAGCCCGAGGCUGGGCCGCAACACCAGUCUCCUAAGUGACGGCAGGGCCACCAAAGUGCACCCGAGUCCUUUCGGGAUCCCGUACUCCAGACUGUCGCAGUCGAAGCACUUGAAGACCAGGGCGGGCGGCAGCCCCUGGCCCUCCUCCGAUUCUAAACGGAGGGUCCAGGCCCCCCGGGACCGCAAGGACCCCUAG